AGUAGGUUAGCAGAGCUGUAGCAGGGACUAGCAGCCCAGGAGAGGGGCAGGUACCUAGAGGGGCCGAAGAGCCAGAGCCAGUCACUUACCCAUCAUUAGGAGAGCAAAACCACCGCAGAACAAGGACCCAAUCCUGGAGACUUAAUUUAUCAAGGGAAUUGCUGCUGUCCGAGGCACCUGCGCUGCGUGUUUUCAUGAUAUUCUCCGCACAGCCCUAAGACCAGAAAGCCCCAAGAUGCGAGCCCAAAUCGAAGUGAUCCCGUGUAAGAUCUGCGGAGACAAGUCUUCGGGGAUUCAUUACGGCGUCAUCACCUGUGAAGGCUGUAAGGGUUUCUUCCGGAGAAGCCAGCAGAAUAACGCCAGCUACUCCUGCUCGCGCCAGAAGAACUGCCUGAUCGACCGGACCAACCGGAACCGGUGCCAGCACUGCCGCCUGCAGAAAUGUCUGGCGCUGGGCAUGUCACGUGAUGCGGUGAAGUUCGGCCGCAUGUCCAAGAAGCAGCGGGACAGCCUGUAUGCGGAGGUGCAGAAGCACCAGCAGAACCAGGAACAGAACGGGGUCUCCAAGGACGACUCCGAGGCCCUGGCACGGGUCUACCCCACCAGCGUGAGCAGCGGGGUCUCGGACCUGGACGACAUCUCCCCGCUGUCGGACGGGCUCCUCUUCGACUUCCCCCUCACCCCCGAUGGAGGCAGCACCUACUACAACCUGGACCUCCUGACCUCGGCCCAGCCCUCGCCCGACCAGUCCAGCAUGGACGUCAGCGAUGCCAAGCUCAUCAAACAGGAGUCCAUCUACGAGCUGAUGCUGGAGCCCGGCCUCUUUGCCCACAGCGCCCUGGAGGGCAGCCAGCUCGCCUCGGACAUUUCGAUGCUCGAGAUCGACCGGAUUGCUCAGAACGUGGUCAAGUCCCACCUGGAGACCUGCCAGUACACGACGGAGGAGCUCAAGAGGCUGGCGUGGAUGCUGUACACCCAGGAGGAGAUCAGGAGCUUGCAGAACAAGAGCUGCGAGACCAUGUGGCAGCAGUGCUCCCUGCAGAUCUCCAACGCCAUUCAGUACGUGGUGGAGUUCGCCAAGCGCAUCGACGGCUUCAUGGAGCUCUGCCAGAACGACCAGAUCAUCCUCCUCAAAGCAGGUUGCCUGGAAGUGCUUCUGAUCCGAAUGAUUCGGGCAUUCAACCCUUUAAAUAACACGGUGCUCUUCGAGGGGAAAUACGGCGGCCUGCAGAUGUUCAAGUCGCUUGGCUGCGACGACCUUAUCAACGCCAUCUUUGAGCUCGGGAGGAACCUGUGCCGGCUACAGCUCUCGGAUGAGGAGAUUGCCCUGUUCACUGCAGCCAUCCUGCUCUCUCCAGAUCGCCCGUGGCUCACGGAAUCCAAGAAGGUGCAGAAGCUCCAGGACAAGAUCUACAUAGCCCUGCAGCACGAGAUCCAGAAGAAACACUCCAGCGAGGAUAAGCUCUCGAAGAUGAUUUCCAAGCUGCCCUUGAUGAAAACCAUCUGCAACCUGCACUUGGACAAGUUGGAGUUUUUCCGGCUUCUGCAUCCAGAGACCGCUAUGAACUUUCCGCCCCUGUACAAGGAAGUAUUCAACUCGGAGCUCCAGUACAGCGACCCACGAGAGAGCUAAGGCUCGGAGGGCCAGACCCUGUUUCAUUUCCCAAAGUCUGGAGAGGAACAGAAACAU